AUGCCUUCCAGGACGAGGAAGAAGGAAAAACAGAGAGCGAAGCAGAUCCCAAAGCAGGAGGGAAUGAAGCACCUUCAACAGCAAGAAAGUACCCCGACUGCUCCUACCCCCUUUUCCCCCUCCUCCCCAGCAGCCCACCCAUUCGACCCCACACAAUUGCAUCGUCGCCAGGUUCACACCACCCUACUUCAAAUCAAGAACCUCUACACUGGGGUUAACAGCACAGACACAACCCAAGCCCUCCUCUCCUUCCUCAACUCCCUCGCUCGCUUCCCCGACACCCUCCCCUGCUCCCACGGCGGCGAGCACAGCAGCAGUUACCGCCACACCUGGCCUCACAAUCCACUAGAGGACAUGAGAGAAGAAGGCGAGGAAAUCUCGUACUGGAUCCACUAUCUCGACUUGAUCAAGCAGUGGAAGCUGAGAAGGCGGGAGGCGCAGUCGUGGAUGAAGUACUAUGAUGCGAUUUUGGGAAGGAUGAUGGAGAUGCAGAGGGGGGAGGCGGUGGUAGAUGGGCGGGUGCAAAGUGGAAAGGAGGAUCGGAAGCGGGAGCUUGAAGAACGUUGUCUUGGGAAGCGGAAAGAGGAAUCUGCGGGUGAUGAUUGUCUUGGUCCGGAGAUCGAGCAGGGGGUCAUUGACAUGGCUUUGGCUGAUCCUGAUGAUGCUGAUGACGAUCAGUUUGAGUGCUGCCAGCCGAUGAUCAACCAGUUUCUUGGGCUGAAUGGUGAAGCCCAACAGCUCACGAAAGAGUGUACAAAGGGAUCUACGGGCUCACGGCCGAACAACGAAGCGCAGGAGCCCGAAGAGAAGCCUGACGUCAGGCUCAGCCUCGACAUCUGCCGCCAUUUGUUCAAGCAACUGGUUCCACCCGAUCUCGACGAGGAGGAACACGAAAUGGCGACUGAACCUUGCCGGCUGGCCUUCAAUCAGAUCAUCGUGACCAACGCCGACGCCAGGCAACUGACCAAGGACUGCAUCGAUGGGAUCGGAGGUUUGCUGGAUGAACUUCAAUCUGAAGCCGAAGCGCUGCGGGUCGGUUGGACCAAGCAAGAUGCGGUUGAGGAUGGUGUGGGUGAGGAUGAGGAUGAAGACCACCAUGCCACCAGCUACAACUGGAUGAAGGACCUGAUGUCCGCGGACAAAACCGAAGGUGAGGAUGGAGAGAUUCCGGCGGGGCUCUCCGAGUUUUGGAGGUAUUCCAAGGCUUAUUUUCAUCUUUACCUGGUGAUAUCAAGGAUAUCAUCACUGCAAGGCUGA